AUGGAUGCGUUCGAUGCUGAAAGGGAGCAUCUCGAGACGUCAGAGGCUGAGGACAUCGAGGUUCCAAAUGCUUCUCCUCAGAGUCCCAGUGUUCAUGUCGUCAAUGGACAAAAUGUCAACACCUCGACUCCAACUCUCCAUGCUAAUGAUGCCCAGGCUAUUGCCACUCAGUACACGUCGACUGUAGCCUCUGUCUUCCCCACGGCCAUAAAUUUCAAUGCCACUUCUCACAAUAUUCUUGUUCAGCCCACCAAUCCUUCUGCUGCAACUUCUCAAAUUGCAAUUCCCCAAGCUAACGUCACCACCCUCGCUUCUACGCAAGGGGCAUCUUCAUCUGCCUCUGCCUCCGUCUCCUCAAAUAAUCUGCAACAUGGAAGCGUCAUGACCGGAGUUGGUACUCAGAGCACCAGUCCUGAUCAGUUCAUCCUACCAGGCCGUCGAAUUGACCCCAGUGGGACCACUAUGGAUGGAAUCUCGAAUGGUCGCACUGCCAACUUCCAGAGCCACAAUUCUCAGACUGACCAUUCAGUCAACCAAGGGAAUUUGGGUACAGGCCUUGAUCAGGCCUCCCAGGCAGUGAAUAAUUUUGUACCAAAUGUGAGCACUAUUGUAAAUUCCACGAGUGGUCCAAACAGUGGGAAUGCCGACGCCAAUACAAAUUUGCAGGCUGUUCAGAACCUGCACCCAGUUCAGAUGAACACUGUAGCAAGCUCGGCCUUUCCUACUGCACCCGCCAGUCUGAGAAUCAACGAUCAACGUGUUGCUUCAGUUGCUACUACCAAUCCUCGCACGAGUACUCUGGCCGCCGCCUACCAGGCUUAUUAUCAGAUAUCGGCGAGAAACCAGUCGCUUGCUGCGCACCAUGUAAAUCCAAAUCAUGGAACUCAAGCCAAUGCCAAUUUUGAUACCAAUAUUGAGUCCGUCCAUGGCCUAAGCCGUGUCGUCAAUCCUGGUCAAGCAAUGGACGCCCAACGCCAGGCUGAUGCCCUGCGAGCAGUGAUUACCCGGGUCAUUCAAGCUCGUAAUACGCAGCCUUGCAUUCUAAACCCGCAGAAUCAUACACAGGGUCCUUUCCUCGACCUGAAUGACCCUGUGAGUGUUGAAAUUCGCGAACAGUUGACUAACUCACGAGCUUUGACUGAGCACCGUGACCAAGCUGGUGUUGCUAUUUUCAGACACCAAGGUUAUUGGGAUCACCGAAGUCCAUUUGCUCAGGUCCCUUUGCAUCCGGGCCCUUCGUUUUCGGGUCAGUCCUUAGCCCGGCUUACUGACUCUCAAGCUGCAACCCAACGCCCUACACGCUUAAAUAGAACGACCCAGACAGCUGACAAUGACUUUGAUGUUAUGCUCCAAGCCAUCGAGGAUCAGGAUACUCAACUUGCAGUAGCGGGGCUCGAUAACCGUGGAUCUCGCCUUCCAUCCAGACUAGUCCAGCUUUACACCGAGAGCGAUAGUCUUCAGGCAUACCUGAUCCGGCAGCAGCUCGUCGCUGGUAUUCCUCCCGACGAAGUAGUUCCUAUGGAUAGCUAUCUCACUCAGCAACGGCUGUUGCAUGGAGGCCCUCCGAGAGCCAGUGGCCCCGUCUUGAUCAGAGUGCAGCGAGGUACUGGUGCAGCUAUUAUCCCCUACAUACCGCCCGCGCGUUUCAUUGGUCGCCUUGACCCCUUACCUUUUGACAUGCAAAACGGGUAUCCAACUCGUUUGCGAGGUGCACAGACUACUCCCUCCGAUGAGACCCAGCCAACAACUGACAAUGACGUUGUUAUGAAUGACUCUGACGGUACUACUCCGCACUUACCGGAUGGCGAAGACGUCAAUCGAACCGACUAG